AUGACACGCAAACGACCUGCUCCCGGAACGGCUCCGACCGGUCAAGCCCCGAUGAGCGCUGUCCCAAACUAUUCCUCCUCGAAUCCCGGAUCUCAACUAUCUAACGACCAGUUCCUGCAAUGGGGCCAGAACCCCGCCACAAGCGCCAGCAAUUCUUCCUCGUUCGCCGAUUCUUCUACCUACAACCCGGCGGCAUACGCGACAUCUCAGGAGCUGUCGGCACCAGGCGCAGCGUCUUCAAAUCAACUUGCCCGCAGACAAGCAGCAAACCAGCUAGUCAGCCGAAAUCGUGGCUACGAGCAAUCCCCAACCGUAUACCAGGAGAACAACGGUCAAGACGGAGGGCAGUCUGGCGCAUGGGGGGAGUCAUUGGAGGAACUAUACCAGCGGGCUCUGGCAGCCAAGAGAGAUUCUCAGGCAAAGCGAAAACAGAUUCCCCCUUUUGUGCAGAAGUUGAGCAGUUUUUUGGAUGAGUCGAAAAAUACCGAGCUGAUCCGGUGGUCGGACGACGGUAAUUCUUUCAUCGUGUUAGACGAGGACGAGUUUGCGAGGACAUUGAUUCCCGAGCUUUUUAAACACAACAACUACGCAUCAUUUGUGCGACAGCUUAACAUGUACGGCUUCCACAAGAAGGUGGGUUUAUCGGAUAACUCCAUGCGCGCCAGCGAGCGCAAGAACAAAAGUCCCAGCGAAUAUGCCAACCCUUACUUCAAACGAGGCCACCCAGAUUUGCUCUGGUUGAUUCAGAAGCCAAAAAACGCGACCGGUCACGCCAGCAAGGGUAGUAAGAGUGGACCUCGGGUGAAGACAGAGGACGCGGAUGAGAAUGAUAUGGAUGACUAUGCUGAGGAUAGUGGACCGGCAGCCCGAGAUGAGCGUGCCCGCCCACGGCACCUUUCGCUGCUCACCGACUCUCAGAUGCCCAAUGACCAACUUUCUGGGGUGUACCGUGAGUUGCAGGCAAUCCGUCAGCAGCAGUCGAUCAUCUCGACCACUAUCUCCAGGCUGCGGAAAGAGCAUGAGCAACUCUAUGCGCAGGCUGCCAAUUUCCAAGAACAGCACACUCGUCACGAGAACUCGAUCAACGCCAUUCUCACAUUUCUUGCAACGGUGUACAACCGCAGCUUACAAGGACAAGAUGGCAACCCUCAAAACCUUGCCAACACGUUCGCUGGAGCCAUUUCAGGCGAUCAAGGCAACAUCGUUGACAUGGGCGACAACUUUUCAUUUCAACCCGCUGAGCGGCCGCUGCUCUUGAAAGCGCCCCCAACCGUCGAUGAUAAUGUUCGAGCCACCACAUUAUCUCCUUCGGUCAGCGGCUCCUAUGAUACCCGGUCCCGCGGCCAUACUCGUCAGCCGAGUGCUACAAAGUCCGGACAUGUGGAGGAAGUCCUUGAUAACAGUCCACGACAAGACAACACCCACCUGCCUCCAGCUCCGGGAAUGCCGUUAGCAGAUGACAACUCUCACCAGCGGGAUAUUAUGUCUGUCAUAGAAAAUUCCAAUGCGCGAAACGGCAUCCCGACAAGUUUCUCCGAGUUCCCUAACGUUCUUUCCUCCCUGGAAAAUGCCGGCGGCAAUGUACCUCUCACCCCAAACCAGCGUGCUGACAUGCUUCGACUGAUGGCCAACGAAACCGGCUCAGGAGGCGCUGGUCAGAAUGCGACGAACAAUGCUCUGACAACGCCGAACCCACCCCCGAUGCCCCACAACUACUCAGGCCGUCUCGCAAACACCCGUCAAGAAAUCGAUAACCUGGUGAAAAUGCAAGCCGAACAGGAUCGGUCCGUCCAGAACUUGACUCACCUUCUUCAACCAUUAAGCCCGACGGGCGCGAUACCUGGUCUUGACAGUGAUGGCAACGUGCCGCCCCCACCGCUUGACCUUGACACAAUCUUCAACCACGACUAUUUUACGGAUUUCGCCGACACAGACAAUGAUAAGAAACAUUUCAAUUUGGAUGACAAUGCUGGUCAGGCAUUGGGAACGAAUAAACACGAAGGCCCCGUCCAAACCGAUGAUGGCGACACCAACGACCUUUUCAACUUUGACCACAUCCCUGACAAUGGCGAUCUUUUUGAAGCAUCGAACCAUGACCAAGGCCAUGCGGGAUACAACUAUGGCUUCGAUGAUGUCCAUUACGGCGCCGAAUCGGGUUCGGGGAACAAUGCGGACUCGGGCCGAGUCAUCGAGCAGUUGACCGAUAGUGAGGCGACUAGUCCUGCCCGGCCAAAUGAUGAUGGCAAGGGCCUCGACGAUGGAGGCAGCGCAGCGAAGCGCCGCCGCAAGGCGUAA